AUAUUUUCGUACAUUUUUUCAAUAAGAAUAUUGUUCCAAAUACCAUUGUCCAAUCGUUUUUCCAUACGAAUAAUAUUCUUCUUUAAGAAUGAUAUUCGUUUCGUUUAUUUCAAUCCCAUUGUUCCGAUGUAAUAUGUAAUUCUAGCGAAAGUGUUCCAAUGUGUACGGUAUGAUAUACCUCCGUACAAACAUUAUUAUGUAUGUGUGUAACACGGCAAACGGGCAAAGUCAUCUUUGGACAAAUUUUCUAUAGACAAAAAAAAAUAAUAUCUCGACGUCAAACAUAAUUAUAUUUGGCGUUGUCAAAAUAUUAUGCAAAGUAUGGCAUUUUUCUAGACAACCGACAGUCGUCGGGAUUAGUACUGAACGGUAGGGGGCAGUUAUAGCGGGUAGCAGAUUCACGUAAUAAUAAUGUAUAAUAAUAUGAUAUUGAAAUGUGUGAUGGUUAUUCCUUUCACUGGAAAAAUACUCCAUUAGCAGUGGUGGCGGCGGCGAAUAAUCAUUACAAUAAUAUAACGAAGUGUUUCUCACGGUGUCUGGCUACCAUUAUCGAUGAAGGGGUCAUGAGAGGUUUCGGAAAGUGAAAUCAUUGUUUUUUGGACGGCACGACCCAAGUCCAAUUUUUAUUCGGGUGUAGCAAGUGGGCAUAAAUGAAUAGAAAGUUACGUGCUAUGUUUAGUUGGGUCGGAGUCAUGCAGAAACUUAGUAGGCCUAUUGCCUAUAAGAAAUACCAAAUCCCACAUUCCCACCAUAGGUUUUCAUUUUUUUUUUGUUUUUAAUAUUUUCAUUUUUCUUCUUAAAUAAUGCGACUCGUGAUAUCUACAUAUAAUUCUAAUUAGCGGGUAAUUGUCAUCAAAUAGUGUACGACGUCCAAUUAAAAACAAUUAAUUGAACUAGGUUGAGCCGUUUUUGAAGAACAUAGUAUGUUUGAGAAUACAUAUAAGUAUACUUAAUAAUUUCACCAGUCCCGAAUUAGCAUUGUCUUGUUCCAUUAACUGACACCCUCAUUCUAUAAUGGUACACAGAGAAAUUCGCUGUUCGUCAUAACACUGACACAUUAAAUAAUUGCAUGUUUACCUUUGACCCCCCGGAAGAUGUGAUUUAAAUUCUAAUCACAAUGGGUAAUAUUCAUAGAAUGUUGUCUUGUCACACCUGUAAAAUGGAAAGUACGACAGUUGCCGUAUGAUGAUUGAUGUGGUGUUUAUGACGAAUCGUUAUUUUAUUUUUGCGCAGGUAUCAGACCUUUGCAACGACUACCGACGGUCUAUGAACGCCGAGAUCACCGAGUCCAUGAAUACGUUUUGGGCUGAGUGCUAUGAAUCAUACAAGAACGCAUUGGACACAAGGAGUAAACUUGUAGCCGAAAGUCGAAAAUCGUUUCAGGCGUUGAUAUUAGAGCCUUUUAAGAUUAAAAAAGAAGAAGAAGAAUCAAGAAUAUAUUUAAUGGAAAAUCAGAAAAAGGCUCAACGAUUACUGGUUCGUGCUAAAUGGAGACAGAUUAAAGGAUACCUGUGCGGAGAAAGAGGACCCUGGAAGUCAAGGUUAGUAUAUUUUUCUAUAUUAUUUUUUUUUUACUUGAAUAGGAAAUUAAAAUAUAUUUCUUCGACAUUAUUUAUAACCGUUAUAUUCAGUUGGUAUAUUUUAAUAACAACAUUAAACAAAUUAUGUAUGUAGGACGUAGGUAUAUCAUUAUGUUAUUGCGCGCACUAUAUAUUUAAAAAAACAAUGUCAACGUUUCUAAAAGUUACCUACAUAGUUGUUACUAACCACGUCGACAUUUGAUUAUAUUUUAAGUAAGCAUCGACAAUUUAGUUAUUUAGUUUUGCAUACAAAAAUAAAUAGUUACUAAGUAUCUAAAAUAAUAAAUUAUGGGGCAAGUAAACGUCUUAUUGGCUUAAUAAUCAGAUCAUUUUUUCAAUUCUAAAUUCAUCUGAUGAAAACCCUAUGUUGUUGCUAUUGUAUGAUAUAAUUAAUAUAGUUUAAAUAACAGUUUUCUUUAUAAUCUAUUUUGUUGUUUGGAAAUUAAUAUUCAAGUGAUAAAAGUGUUGUAGGUACCUGCUGACAUAAUAAACUCAGUGUGAUAUUUUGUGAAUGCUAAUAGUUUUAUAAUACGGUGACUACUUAUAUAUUUGCUAUACAUAUUACUCUCGAAGUCUCGUGUGUAAUAUAUACAGUUUAAUUUUAUCAAUGCUAAUACGCUUCUGAGGGUUAAUCAUUUUUAAUAAACGAAUUUCUUAACUACUGCGAAAUGUAAGUAUUCGAAUACUUCCGCUUUUAUAAUAUAAUGUGUAUCGAUCGAUAAUCUAGUUUUUAAA